GGUUAGGUUUAGUCAAUGUUGCUAAAAAUAGGAUUAAUUUGCAGGUUAGAGGCAUUGAUAUGAUGCUGGUCAUAUAUGUUUGAUAUGCAACGUUAAUUAUCGAAAUACCAACUCGGCUGAUUGGUAGCCUCCAUUACAACCAACACUAUAAUUUGAAUGCCCUAUUUUGCCCUUAAAUUCCAUUUGUAAAAUACUGAAAUACCCUCACAUCUCACUAGGUCAUUAUAGCGGCAAAAUUCGCCCCAUUUUUCUUUGUUAAAUAGGAAUUCCCCCCAUUUUUCAUUCACUGCUCAUCAAGGCAACACAGACCUUGGCGCCAAGUUGAAUAACGGAGAAGAAAAAUCUGCAACGGGGCAUUUGUCGCUGCUUAUCGGGGUAGGGAUUUUGGGCACUUGUCGCUGCUUAUCGGGGUAGGGAUUUUUCGUCUGCUCGACACAUCCAUGGCAAGCAAUGCGGGGCAACAAGAUAUGCAAGCAGGGAGCACCGAAGGUUGCCGAGGCAGGGUAAGUAAGACGGACAAGACCCGUCGUAGCUGGUCGAAAAGGGAAGAGGAGAUAUUGCUGGCAUCGUUGAAGGAAAUCGUUGCUCAAUGCUGGAAGGCAGACAAUGGCUUUAGGGGCGGCUAUCUGACCAAGCUUGAGGAGUCAAUCCGUAAGGAAUUUCCAGAUAGUGACAUCAAAGGCAUGCCCCACAUUAACUCAAAGAUCAGUUCUUGGAAAAAAUCUUACAACUCCCUCUUAGGGAUGCUUGAUGUCAGCGGUGUAGGCUUCAAUCACAAAGGCACCUUCAUGAUCGACUGCGACAACGACCAAUGGGAGCUAAUUGUCAAGAAAGAUAAAAAUGCUCUGAACAUGCGAUUUAAGAGCUGGCCCAUGCUCGAUGACUGGAAGGAGAUAUUUGGGAAAGAUAGGGCCAAUGGAGUUCAAGCCGAAGAUCUAAUGGAAGCUGUUCAUGACAUGUACACUGCUGAAAAUAUUGCGCAGGAGGACCGUGGGGCAUAUUUCAAUUCAGCUGAUGAGGAGGUUCCAACCGACGAGGCAGAGGUCAGUGUUUGCCAGACUGAGAAAAAAUGCAACAAGGGAGGUGGUUCCAAGAAGAAACGCAAGUCGCCUGAUGAGUUUGAUAGAUUGUGUGAUGUGCUUGGUGAAAUUGGUCGCGACACUGGACUGAGGCUCGGGGACCUUGUAACUCGCAUCGGUUAUGAAUUUGACCUUGGGCAAGCUCGGCAGACCGUAUUUGAGAAACUUGGGGCUAUAUCUGGAUUGUCCACGAAGGAGAAGUUCGAAGUGUGCGAAAUGUUGGCUGAUAAGGUGCAGCGUCUUGAGAUAUUUAUCGGGCUGCCGGAGGAUGCUAAGGCCCAGUAUGUUGCGUAUCUGCUGGAGUCGAAGUUAAACUAGGUUCAAAUUAUAAUUUGGCAAAGUAGUUUAUGUUAAUAUCCCUUUUGUGCAGCUAAACCUAUAGCAAGUAUGAAGACUACGUAACAGCUCUUGUGACUCAUUUUAGGAUAUCCUCUAUUUGUGUUGAUCGACCUUUUGUAAGAUGCCAUAUAUCUCGAGCGUACCAUAUUAUC